GAUGCGGUUCACUACGGUUGCUUUUGCUUUGAUCGUGUUUAUCGUAGUAUUUUCGAUAUUUGUUGCGAACCUUGCCAAUUUGAUCGGCAUCGACAAGCAGCUAAGUAACCGGCUUGAUGCCGCAUCGAACGAUGGGCAGCAGCGGCAACCUAAACAGCUGAAGCUGGACGAUCAGCACAACCAUUUGAUGUGGUUUUUGCAGGUGUCCGAUAUACAUAUCAGUAUGUAUCUGGAUCCGUCGCGUGUGCCUCAGCUGAUUGAGUUCUGCAACCGUACCGUGGACAUUAUUGCACCAUCGGUAGUGUUGGCAUCCGGUGAUCUUACCGAUGCAAAAACGUCCAACUUUCUCGGUUCCCAGCAGCACGAACAGGAAUGGCGCUGGUAUCACGAAGUGUUGCGCGAUACAAACGUGUUGAAUAAAACGGUUUGGCUGGACAUCCGGGGCAAUCAUGAUAAUUUUAAUGUGCCCGCUCUGCAGGCGCACCAGGAUCUGUUUACGAACUAUUCGGCCCAGGGCAAACAUCAUACCCGAUCGUACAUGCAUCACCUGAUGGCAGGAGGUGAACGGUACACAUUUAUAGCGGUUGAUGCUUGUUUGGAUCCCGGCCCUAAGCGCCCAUUCAACUUCGUCGGAAUGCUCUCACGCAAUGAAACGCAGCAUCUAAUAAAUCUUGCCGAGCGUUCGCGUGAACUCGAAACAAAUUACACCGUCUGGUUCGGACACUAUCCUACUUCGUGCAUUCUUACACCGGGAUUAGGUACGGGUGGAAUACGCAACCUAAUCGGUCGGUACCGGGAGGCUUACGCGUAUCUUUCCGGACAUUUCCAUACGCUCGGAGGAGCUGUACCGCGUAUGUACACACUGCAGGAGGAAGGCUUUCUCGAGCUGGAGCUAGGCGAUUGGAUGCGCAACCGACGGUACCGUUUGGCAGCGUUCGAUCACGGUCUCUUCUCGUUUGUCGACAUCCAUCAUAACCAGUGGCCGGUGGUGCUGGUGACAAAUCCAAAGGAUGCUUUGUUUAACAUUCCAGGCAAGGAAGAUCUUCGCACGAUAAUGGAGUCUACCCACAUACGCAUGCUUAUCUUUUCGCCAGCCAAGGUUGUAGAAUGCCAGGCAAAAAUAGAUGGUGGUAGCUGGCAAGAUUGUAAACGCGCUAGCCACCAACUGUUCGUAGUGCCCUGGGAACCGAGCCACUACAAGCGAGGACUUCACAAGCUGUUGAUUUACGUGCUGGACGCGGAUGGGAGAAGUCGUGUAGUGGAGCAACAGUUUACCCUAGACGGGUCACGGUUACAAUUCGAUUUCCUCGCCAAACUGGUGCUGAUGUACGACACGAACAAGGUUUUCCAGACGUUCUUCAGUGUGGCGUUGAUCAUCUAUUUGGUACCGUUGUGUGUUUUUCGAAUAUGGCACACGCUCGUAAGAAAAGGUACUUUAUCAAGGCCACGUCUCCGUGCAAUGUGCUGCGGCGGAUGGAUUCGAAAGAUGUGGAUUCUAUCGACCGUGGACCGCCUAAUGUUUCCCAUUGUGGGGUACUGUCUGUACCUAACCUGCGGACCAUGGUCCAUCGGAGAAGUUAUCGAUGGUCACGUGGGAGUGGUUUUUGUAUGGGGUAUUUUUGUGAAUAAUGCCUUUCUUCCCGGUACACUUACCUAUCUGUACGGGUUCUUUCAAUUGAUGCUCUGCCAGCUACCGUUGACUAUCAUAUUUGCCAACAACGUUGUACGACGCUUUUAUCGUCGAUCGGGAGAAAAGAACUACGGCUGGAUGAUGGCGUGCUGGAAAAAUUCUGCAUUUAUUCUUAUCAUGACCGUGGAGGUACUGUUGGCGGCCAUAUUUUGGAAUUCGUACGGUUUGCUGGCAUUCAUCAUUACACCACUUCGGGCAUGGUCAAUAGUGUUGAAUUUGAUUCUGUGGUACCAAUCACGCUACAUUCCGGAAAAAUGUCUACGGUCCGCAACAGCUGUUUGGUCGUCUUCUGAGCCGAAACAUUCUUCCUUAGCUCAUUAAACUGUCGGUACACGGACUUUAUCCGCUACGGUAUCAACAAUAAUUCCAAACCCGAUGGUAUUAUUGUUUGUUGGUGUUUCCAGCUACGUUAAAUUUCGCCUCGACUGCACGCUGCCUUCUCUAGUCUGAAGCUGUAUUCAGCUGGAACCACGUUUUGUGCUACAUGUCGUUUGGUCGAAUUUAAAUGCGCCAAAUCGUGUGUGACCGACCGAAACUGCUUAACAAUAGUUGAGGUCGCAAUUUUCACCCCAUCGCACUCUAGUCAUUGUCAUUGAAAAACAAUCAAUUUAGAGCACAGGGACAUAGUUUGAUUGACGCGUUCAACCAUCAUGUAACUACUAUAAAUCCAUACUUAAAUCGCAAUACUGACAAGACAAGAAUAUAAUUAUUGCAACAACCACCGUCACAUUACCAAAAAACAAAAAGAACAGAGAUACUAUAGAUUGAAAUCAACAAUAUAUUGCAAUUUUUAUAAGCAAUAUUCUGAUUGCUAUGGAAUGUGUAGAAAAUGUUAGCAAGAUGUAUGGAAAUUGUAGCGAAAUAUGUUUGAUAUGUACUGCUAGAGUACCAUGAUGUAUCAGUAGCUAAAGUAUUAAUUUGUGACUGGUGUUUUUCGUGUAUGAUGUACUAACAUUUUUGUAAAUAGUGGCUUUUUUGUUAUAAAUAUACUGUACAAUGUUGUAAGAGAUUAAUAAAA